AUGAAAACGCUGGACAUGAUGAAACAACGACUCUGUUUGCCUUCUUUCCUUCCUUUGGAAACCCCAGCAAAAAAGCUGGUCGUGACGUCACUUCGCUGGAAGUAUAAAGGCAGGUCCCGGUGUUCGAAUGGACACUUGAGGUCUAAGCCAAUCUUGGAGAUGAAUGCUAAGGUGUUGCUGGUGCUGGGCGUGGUGGGCUGUGCUGCGGCCGACAGACGACCGACGUAUUCGUACAAUGAACCCGACUCGUUCGAGUACUCAGCCGAAUCGAGCGAAGCCAAGUACGACUUCAGAUACGCCGUGAAGGACGACUACUCAGGCAACGACUUCGGACACCAGGAGUCCCGCGACGGCGACCGCACUCAGGGGUCCUACUACGUGCAGCUCCCCGACGGCCGCCUGCAGAAGGUCACCUACUACGUGGACGGCGACUCCGGCUACGUGGCCGAGGUCAGCUACGAGGGCGAGGCUCGCUACGACUCAGCUGAGUCUCGAGAGUACGGCCGGCCCGUGUACUCUCCGCCGAGACCCGUGUACUCCCAGCCAAGGCGUGUGUACUCUUCUCCUGAGUCGGAGGAAUCCUUGGAGAUUCCCGUGUACUCUUCGGCCAGACCUUUUUACGGGCCUCCAAGACCAACUUACGGCUGAGAGCAUCGGUAGUUCCAUUCGGGCUUUAUACGAUGCAGAAGAUGGAGAUGGAGAAUUUGCGUCGAUAAAGCGGAUUUUUAUUAUCACACAAUAUUAUAAUUACAUUUGUUCAUGGAUACCAUUCCAAACCAAACACUUCAUGUAAAAAACGAAUAUAUGAAA